AUGGAACGUUUCGCAGAACUCUUGGACGAUCUCUAUUUCACCAAUUCAACUCUGGCGAAAGAAACAAUCCUCUCCAACUAUCUUCGCGCGACACCUGAUCCUGACAGAGGAUGGGCGCUCGCCGCGAUUGCCGGUACGUUGAGUUUUGAUCUUUUCAAACGCAAUGUCAUCAAGUCUCUGAUGAUGGAACGGAUGGACCCGUUCCUGUUUGAUAUGUCUCGUCAUUAUGUCGGUGAAAUGAGCGAAACUGUCGCGCUGGCUUGGCCAAAAUCUGAAGAUCCCGUCAGGCUCAACCGUCUUCCCAGCCUGCAUGAAAUAAUCGAGGAAUUUCAAUUCCGCGACAAAGCGGGCAUCCAAAAAUAUCUGAUCACGCUUCUGGAUAAUAUGUCUCCGUCGCAAAGAUGGGCGCUAUUAAAGCUCGGUACGCGGGGUCUUCGUAUUGGCAUGUCGGCCCGGUCGGUGAAACAAACUCUGGCAAAGAUGAAAGGCGUGGAUGUUGAUAUUAUUGAGGCGGCCUGGCACGGAUUGACACCGCCCUAUCUCGAUCUUUUCGCUUGGCUCGACGGGACCGCAGACCUGCCGGAUUUAAGCGACGUCGUCACCUUUUCGCCGGUUAUGCUUGCCCAUCCGAUUGAUGUCGAAAAAGACCUCAGCCGAAUCACCCCUCAAACCCAUCAGGCCGAAUGGAAAUGGGACGGCAUCCGUGUCCAAGUCGCCGCCAAUGGCAAAAGCGGCGGCGCGAAGGAGGUCAAAAUAUUCUCCCGCAAAGGCGAAGAUAUCUCAGGCAGCUUUCCAGACCUGAUCGAGACCGUCGACUUUCACGGCGUUAUCGACGGCGAGUUACUUGUAAAACCCGGCGGAGAGAUCGGGUCAUUCAAUGAUCUGCAACAGCGGCUUAAUAAAAAGAAACCCGCAAAAACCCUGAUGAAAAAAUUACCUGCUCAUGUGAUCGCCUAUGAUCUUCUGGACUGGCAGUCUGAAAACCUGAGGCAGGAACCCUUGUCGCGCCGUCGAGAGCUGUUGAAAAGCCUGAUUGCGGCCCACCCCGACGGGCGCUUCGCACUUUCGGAGACUCUAGUUUUCGAGAAUACCGACGACCUGGUCUCACUACGCGAAGAAGCGGCACAGACAGGCGGUCUGAUCGAAGGCCUCAUGAUCAAAGAUAUGAGCAGCGUCUACGUGUCCGGGCGGCCAAAACAUGCUUGGUAUAAAUGGAAACGCGAUCCUUUCCUAUUGGACGCCGUCCUGAUGUACGCUAGGCGCGGUACGGGCAAACGCUCUUCAUUUUAUUCGGAUUACACAUUCGGUCUGUGGGGAGAGGACGGCACCCUUCUACCUAUCGGAAAGGCCUAUUUCGGCUUCACGGACGAGGAAUUAAAGAAAAUCGAUAAUUGGGUGCGCAGUCACAAGCUCCAAAGAUUCGGCCCUGUCCAAGAGGUUGAAAAAGAGCUCGUUUUCGAAGUCGCCUUUGACGCAGCGCAAAUCAGUAAAAGACACAAAUCCGGCUAUGCUUUAAGAUUUCCCCGUAUACACAGAAUCCGUUGGGAUAAACCGGCCGCCGAAGCGGACAAAAUCGUGAACCUCGCGAAAUUAGUUGGCAAAUAG